AUGGACAAGGACAACAAGACAGAGCCGUUGCACGAGGAAAGCGACGCGGUGGAAACUUCGAGGACGAGGAAGAAGAGGAAACGGAGAUUCUUAACCAUCUGCACGAGCAACUGCAAGUACGACGUGGUUAGACGCGUGGCCGCGCACUUCGGCAUGAAGGAGGUCACGGAGGACAGCAGCUGGGACCUCUAUUGGACCGACCUGAGCGUCAGCAUAGAGCGUGCCAAGGACAUGAAGAGGUUCCAGAGGGUCAAUCACUUCCCCGGCAUGACGGAGAUAUGUAGGAAGGAUCUGCUCGCUCGUAACCUCAAUCGCAUGCUGAAAUUGUUCCCGCGGGACUAUAACUUCUUCCCAAAGACCUGGUGCUUCCCCGCCGAUCACGGCGACGCGAUGACUUAUGCCAAAUCGCGUAGACCGAGGACUUUCAUCAUCAAGCCAGACACGGGCUGCCAAGGACGUGGUAUCUACCUGACGAGGCACUUGAAGGACAUCAAACCCAACGAGCGUCUGAUCUGUCAAAUGUACAUCGCACGGCCCUUCUUAAUAGACGGAUACAAAUUUGACCUACGUAUUUACGUACUAAUCACGUCAUGCGAUCCUCUCAGGAUCUACGUUUACAACGAAGGACUCGCCAGAUUCGCGACGAGCAAGUACAAGGAGCCGACCGGUCACAAUACCACCAAUAUGUUCAUGCACCUGACGAAUUACGCCAUCAACAAGCACAGCCGAAUGUACAUCAUCGACGACGAGAUCGGCAGCAAAAGAAAGAUAUCGGUGUUGAAUAAGUGGCUGAGAGCGAAGGACGUCGACGUGGACGAGUUAUGGGGCAAGAUCGACGAGAUCGUGAUUAAAACCGUGCUCGCGGCGUAUCCCGUGUUGAAGCACAGUUAUCACGCGUGCUUCCCCACGCACGACAAGACGUCCGCGUGCUUUGAGCUUCUGGGAUUCGACGUUCUCAUCGAUUGGAAGCUCAAGCCUUAUCUUCUCGAGGUGAAUCACUCGCCGAGCUUUCACACGGACGCUCAACUGGAUAAGGACGUGAAGGAAGGGUUGCUGAUGGACACUUUCGACAUGUUAAAUCUGCAGCAAUACGACAAGAAGAAGAUAAUGGAGGAGGACAGGAGACGAAUCAGGGAGCGGCUUCUUCAGGGUAUCAACGGGUAGGAUUGCAAGAAUGAGGACGAUUACAUACAGCGACAGUUUAAGUGGGAGGACGAGCACACGGGCAAUUUUCGAAGAAUCUUUCCGUGCCCCGGCGAGGAUAAGUACCGGCCCUUCUUCACGCAAAGUGCGCUUUCCGUUUUCCAAGAUACGGUGGCGUCGAGAGCGCGGGAGGAAGCGUCGAGGGUGCAGAGGGAGGAGAACGAGCUGAAAGUGCGGGUGGAAGAGCGCAAGAGAAUUUCCGGCAAAUGGAGCGAGCACAAGAUAGGCCCGGAAAGUCCGAACGCACCGAAGAUCUUGCAAGCCCCGUUCGUGCGCCAGGAGAAGAGCAAAUCCGCGGGCGUGUUCCGGAAAAGCAUCAAUAAGCAGGACGCGCAAGGAGCUCCCAUCAGCAGCAGCCUGUAUUCCUUCGAGCCCGAAAUUAUAUCGGAGUCCGAGGAGAGGGAGCGAAUCACGGCACUGGCGCAGAGGGAUUUUCUCAUCAAGAGCUACGGCAUGCUCGAGCAGAUAUACGCGGCGAUGAAGAGGAACGGCACAUUACGACCCGCCGACGAGAGGAAGUACGGGCUGUACGGCAGGCUGGGACACGCCAACGCGAGCCAGAGCGCGUGUAUCCUCCCCUCGCACGGAUUCCAUCAUCGCCGAAACGGCCAUCUGGACGGCACGCAAAUAGCCGCGGCCCAAUGCCAGCAAUGUUCUCUCCGAGGAAACGAUCGCAGCAGGCUGACGAGACACGAACGCGGGUCCAACAAGGAUUCGGACAGAAGCUUGAGGAUAACGUGCAACGAGGCGCUCGUCUACGUCCGCCCGAAAAUCCCGCUAAGGUUCUGGCUGGAGGAUACGAGUUGCAACGAUCACAACGGCCGGGUAACGAAGACUCACGUCGCCCGGACACUGUCGAACACCGUGCGCCGGCACACCCUCGAGAAGAGGGAGUCCUUCCACUCGUCCAAGUCUAAAAUCGACGUUAUCGGCCGAUAUUGAGCAAGUGAAUCUAUCUCUCAAGAGAUAAGAAGGAAAAGCGAGGUAACAAAAUAAGAAGAAUCACGAGCGACGUGAAGAUAAUUAACUGAUCCAAGCGAUCGAAGAAAAUUCAAGACGGCUAUCGCGAAGAUCGCACCGCGACAUAUCUUAAUCACGAUCGUAACAACCCCUUGUCUUUGGUGGCUUCGCUCGUGUCGAUCAAAUGAAUAAUAAUAAUAACGAGACCCGUACUCUGUCGCAACAGAAAAGUAUAACUUUACGUUGGAUCGUGCCCUGUAUUCUUAUGUGUGUAGAGACUCCCCCCGUAAGAGAUUUCCCCCGACACUCCGUGUAAAUUUUUCAUCUCGAAGAGCCAUCUCGGAAUCGAAGAGGUCGACCCUUGGAAACACAAAACCCCGGGCGACGUAUCUUGGGACGUAUGUACGUUUCGGUUGUGAACGGAUGCUGUUUCAAGGUAGAACAGUAAUAUAAAAAUCAACAAUGUAUCGAUUUGUUAUUUAAAGUGCCAUAUAAAUAUGUACAAUAGAUAUACGAGUGAACAUGUACACGCGUCGCACAAGAGUGUGGGAGUUAGGUACGCGUCGCUGCGUAUGCAAAAUGGUUCACAUACGUACACGCCAGUCUAUAAUACGUA